GCUAGAAAACACACACAACGUAACUGUAAAGCUAACUUAAAGAAGCCUAAGAAGACAGAAGAGGACGCAAUAGUUACACGUAUACUAGAGCUAGAUGAGCAAGGGAUAGGCCCUACAAGGACUAUGGUAGAAGAAAUGGCCAACAAUCUGCUCGCUGCGCGCGGUAAAGGACCUGUUGGCAAGAACUGGGUAGACAGGUUCAGAACGCGUACUAAGGAAUCUAUAAAGGCGAAGUAUAGUAUUAUAGACAAGGAUGUGUACAACUUUAAUAAGUCUAGCUUCCUAAUAGGCAAGAUCUUGUUAAAGCUAGUAGUAACAGGCUUAGAGAAGCCUAGGAAGCAGAAGAAGAUCUAA